UUCAUCUGAACAGGCCACUAAUUGCAUAGACUUCUAAUCACAACAGGAUUAGUGCCUGCUUGCAUACGGAAGUACACUGAUGGCAAUGGCAGUGGCCUCUUCUCUGUCGGUGCUGUUGCUCCUGUGCUUAGCGGCGGCCACCUCGGCGUUCCCGCAGCUUUCGCCUCAGUUCUAUGCCAAGUCAUGCCCCAGGGCGCUGGCAACCAUCAAGAGUGCCGUGACCGCCGCCGUGAGGAGUGAGCCCCGCAUGGGAGCCUCGCUGCUCCGCCUGCAUUUCCACGACUGCUUUGUGCAAGGCUGCGACGCGUCCGUACUGCUGAGCGACACGGCCACCUUCACGGGCGAGCAGGGGGCAGCCCCGAACAACAAUUCCAUUCGAGGCAUGAACGUCAUCGGCAACAUCAAGGCGCAGGUGGAGGCCGUGUGCAAACAGACCGUCUCGUGCGCCGACAUCCUCGCCGUCGCGGCCCGUGACUCCGUCGUCGCCCUGGGAGGGCCUUCGUGGACGGUUCCUCUGGGAAGGAGGGACUCGACGACGGCGAGCCUUUCGCUGGCCAACAGCGACCUGCCUGCACCGUCCUUCGACGUCGCCAACCUCACCGCUAACUUCGCCGCCAAGGGGCUCAGCGUGACCGACAUGGUCGCCCUCUCUGGUGGCCACACGAUCGGACAAUCACAGUGCCGGUUUUUCAGGAGCAGGCUCUACAAUGAGACCAACAUCGACGCGGCCUUCGCGGCAUCUCUCAAGGCCAACUGUCCCCGGCCGACCGGCUCCGGCGACAGCAGCCUGGCACCGCUGGACACGAAGACGCCCAACGGGUUCGACAACGCAUACUACAACAACCUGAUGUCCCAGAAGGGGCUCCUGCACUCCGACCAGGUGCUGAUCAACGACGGACGCACCGCCGGCCUGGUCCGGACGUACUCGUCGGCGUCGGCGCAGUUCAACAGGGACUUCGCAGUGGCCAUGGUGAGGAUGGGGAACAUCAGCCCGCUCACCGGGGCGCAGGGGCAGAUAAGGCUCAGCUGCUCCAGGGUGAACUAAGCCACCUAUCUAGAAUCAAGUGGCGCUCAAAGGCGACAUAAUAAGGCUGUGGAGUUAUUGUGCUUGUGUUCUGCCAUUUCUCGGAUCAUCGUCAAGUGUGGGAGAGUAGAUGGGGUGUGAUGUGAUGUAUCUCAACUAUCAAGUAUUUCCCUUUGCUUAAUUAUUAUAUGCCCAAGUGCACAUAA